AUUAUUGGCGACAUUGCACAUCAGCACAUGUUUCUGAGUAUUGUAUUACUGCUUUGUGGAGGAAAUGUUUUGCAGUCAAUGCGGCUGUUCUUUACUUAUUAAUGCGAAAUUUUGUCACGUUUGUGGUCAAGACUCUUCAGUCAACGAAAAGCCUUCUUCCAGUGUCGAUUGUGAUACAGGCCGCACAGUUAUCCCAACAUCAACAAAUGCGACAACGCCAGCAUCAACAAGUCAAUCGCGGACACCAGUGUCCUUUAACGAAUAUCGUCAGCGUAAAGAGAAAGAAAGAAGCUCGAGAUUCAAACCAAAAGCAAAGAAAGCGAAGAUAGAAAAGAAGGGAAACGAGAAAACGCCCAGUGAAGUUAAGAUAAAUAUUGCUCUAAAAAAACUUCGCGACAAUGAUUUAAAAUUCGUUAGAGGAAGUUCAUUGCCUCUUACAGUCUGCCCAACUAUUGGUUCUACGGAAUUGCUGAAUAAAGCUGCCGAGAAAAUCGUAAAAUUUAACAGCGAUUUAACGUUUGGAGCGUUUGGGUUUACUCUAUUGUACCCAGAUCGAACCAAAGUUAUUAACCUACCUGGUAGUGAGGAACCCUUUACCCUGGAAAAAUACAAGAAAGAUAUUGGAAAAGCAUACACACGUUUGACGUUCUACAUUUGCAAGACAGAAGAUUAUUUGGAAUUUCUGUGCAGGCCAUCAUACUGCAGUGACAGUGACCCUGACUUUGAUAUUAUAGACAAGGUAUUAAAUAAUUUAUAAUUUACAUAUAAUUUUUAUACUUAAUCGGGAUGGGAUCACAGAGUACUUACAUACAGAAUUCUCACUUCAGGAUAAUUUAGCCCGUUUUAAGUCACCCCCCUGAAGAUGUAUUUGAAAUUUAAUGUUCCAGGGGGGUGAAUGCCUCUUGUUAGGGCACUUGCAAGAACAUGGUGUCAGUCUGGGACUGUGCACAAGCUAAAACUGCCAGCUAUUUUGGUAAAUUUUUACGACCUUUACGGUUUUCCCACAGAAGUGAGACCUAGCUCUGUAAGUGAGGGAUCUGUGAUGGGAUGGUGGGUUUUUGGCUAGUGGUUUAUGGCAUCGCUCAGCAGGUAACGUUACUGUUAAUAAAUUGCCAAACUCUGGCACAGGAUGAAACUAUACAGUUC